AUGAAAGAGAGUCCCCAAAGCAAGCUGCUCAAUGCGUGUCCAGAUGUGACGAUUGCAUCAACGUCCGGGUUCGCAGCGGUCGAUGACACCGAGAGCGCCAUGGAGAGCUCAGGCACCAGCAGCAACGCGUCGACGGGUCUGCUUCUCGUGGCAGCCGUGGUUGGCGUCGUCGUUGCCAGUGUGUUGGUGGCAAAGGUUGUGUUUCGGAAGCCUCAAACGAGCGAGAAGCAGCGCGCAGUCGCGUUGAACACCCCCAAUGGAGCUGGAAUCUUCGCCGACCCGAUGUCCCCGAUCCGCAACCUCGUCAAGUACCCCAACAACGUGAAGAACAUGCAAGCUAUGUUCAACAAGCAUCCUCACUUGCACGGUGCGGAAAACCCCACCUUCUUGAAGGGUCCCAACGACCAAGCCAUCUUCUACACGUCCCUCGCGUUGUUCGGCUUGGGCACGGUCCAAACUCUCCGCGGCUGGGUCAACAUGUCGGUCGGCUGGGGCAAGAAGGACUAA